CCAUAUAAUGGCUUCUCGAGGAUUUUUUAUAAUACUAAUUAUAUUUGUAAUAAUUAUAUUUUUGAUUCACCAAAAUAAUAAUAAAUUUUUAUACUUUAAAAAUGAUCCAAUAAAUGGACAAGAACAAUCUCAUCUUUUAAAUAAAGAUAAAGAGAUUAUUUAUAUAGAUUCUUAUAAUAUAACAGAAGAAAAUUUUAUAACAUAUUUACCGCAUAGCGGAUUUCACAAUCAAAGAAUAUCAGUAGAGAAUGCAAUAUUCUUAGCGUGGCAUUUGAAUCGAACGUUAAUAUUACCGCCAUUAAUGUUUUUCAAUGGAAUACCUCCAUUUGGUAUGGCACCAUUUGAUCAAUUAUCUCAAAGAUUAUCUCAAUUAAAACCGAAUCAAAAUAAUUUUACAGAAUGUGAUCUUGAAGGAAAACAUUGUAUUACUGCGAAUUAUACUUUAUAUCAUUGGGAAGAAUUAAUGAGUAUGAAAUGGGUCAAACAACAUGUAAAGAUUGUUCAUAGAACAGAUUUUUUUGAUAAAAAUUUAUUGAAUAUUCUGAAUAUUAAAGAACAGGAAGUUUAUUAUACAAAAUGUGACGUAAGAUAUCAUCAUAGAUAUUACGAUUAUUUAAAUUCAACAAUCGGUUUGGAUGAAUUUGAAAAAAGAGUUGAUUUAGCAAAAUUGAAAAGUCGAAAAGAAAAAUUAUUUUAUUUUGGCAGUUUAUAUUCGAUAAGAAGAGUUGUAAGAGAAUUACCUGAAAGUAAAGAAUUUUGGAGUAAAUUAUCAAGAGAAUUUAUACCUGAUAACCCUAUUAUAAUUAAAAUUGUUAAUAAUAUCGUGAAAAAAAUUGGAGGAGAAAGAAAUUUCUUGGGGAUUCACGCACGAUUAGGUAACGAAUUUAGAACUGAUGAUAAUUUUAGAGGAGCAGCAAAUAAAACAAUUGAAUCGUUUAUAUUAAAAAUAUCAAAUGAUUAUAGAGAAUAUGAAAAUACUUUUAAUUACGGUAAAAGUACAGAAGUUGCGAAACAAAUUAGACAAACUAUAUUAACAUCAACAAAAUUAAUAGAAACCAAUGAAACCUCCUUCUUUGAACAAUGUUCUUCAAAAUUUACAAAUGAUACUUUACCCAUAAUAAUCUUUUUAGCUACAGAUGCAAAAAGGACUCAUAAGUCUCUUAAAAUUUUCUUAGAAAAAUUUCCCUGUAUAUUUAUGUUAGAAGAUUUCGAAGAAGAUUGUAAACCAUUAAAUUCAUUAGAAAAUCCUUUAGAUAACGUUAACAUGUAUAAACAUUUAAUUCCUUUAAUAGAUUUAAUGGUAACUUCACAAGGAAGUAGAUUUUAUGGAACUCCAUCUAGUACGUUUUCUUUAUAUGCUAUGAGAUUAAAUAAUUUAUUAAAUACUUUUGAUAGUUAGUUUUCGAUAGCUAAUAAAUGUACACAUCACUUUUAAUAAAACGAAAAGAGAUUGGCGAUUUACGAUUUUUUAUCGUUCAUCCCGUCUUUUCAUAUAAUUAUUCUGAGAAAAUAUAGUAACUAUUAUGAUAAAUUCUUUUCUUUUAAAA